AUGGAAGAGGCUUACAAGCGUAGAAGUGACUGGUAUCAUCACGGUGAAGGUACAGCAAAUUCAGAAGAUGAUACUAUAAAGGGUAGAGAGUGGAACGAAGAGAUUUUAGGGUUAUUUCAGGCUGCAGAGUACUUAGACGAAGAGUUAGCUAAAAGAUCUGAAUUAGUUGAUGUUGCUGAGGGAUUAGACAACAAAGAGGAUGAGUUUCUGGCAAGGCUAGCUGAUGCUGAAACCCCUUUGUAUCCUACAUGCGAAAACCACAGUAAGAUAUCCGCUACUGUCUCUCUGUUCAGGCUUAAGACUCAAAAUGGAUGGUCGGAUAAGAGUUUCAACGACCUGCUUGAGACACUACCCAAGAUGUUGCCCGAAGACAAUGUCCUUCACACAUCCUUGUAUGAUGUCAAGAAAUUUUUUAAGUCAUUCAACAUGGGAUACCAGAAGAUACACGCUUGUGUUAAUGAUUGCUGCCUUUUUACUAAAAAGUUCAAGAAGCUAGACAGUUGUCCCAAGUGCAAAGCAUCACGAUGGAAGACCAAUGCGCACACUGGUGAACCAAAGGUUGGUGUCCCACAGAAAGUAUUGAGAUACUUUCCCAUUAUUCCGCGUCUGAAAAGGAUGUUUAGGUCAGAGGCAACAGCAAGAGAAUUACGGUGGCAUAGUACUAAUAAGAACAGUGAUGGAAAGCUUCGUCAUCCGGUUGAUUCAGUAACAUGGGAGCAUAUGGACGCCAAAUUCCCUUCAUUUGCCGCUGAGGAAAGGAACAUUAGGCUUGGACUAUCAACUGAUGGCUUUAAUCCAUUCAACAUGAAGAAUACAAGGUACAGCAGUUGGCCUGCUCUUUUGGUUAAUUAUAAUAUGGCUCCUAAUCUAUGCAUGGCGAAGGAGAACAUAAUGCUUUCUUUGUUGAUUCCUGGUCCGCAACAACCAGGAAAUAGUAUAGAUGUAUACUUAGAACCGCUGAUAGAUGAUCUGAACCAGCUUUGGGAGAAGGGCGUGCUUACUUACGAUGCACUAAGUGGUACCACUUUUACUUUGAAGGCGAUGCUUCUUUGGACCAUUAGUGACCUACCAGCUUACGGGAAUCUCGCAGGGUGCAAAGUGAAAGGUAAGAUGGAUUGUCCUUUGUGUGGAAAACACACCGACAGUAUGUGGUUGUCUAAUAGUAGAAAGCAUGUCUACAUGGGUCAUAGGAAAUGGCUGUCACCUACACAUCAACACCGUGGGAAGAAGGCAUGGUUUGAUGGUAAAAAUGAGCACGGGAGGAAUGGUCGGAUACUAACUGGUCAUAACAUUUACACCCUUCUAAGGAAUUACAAAAACAACUUUGGGAAAAUGAAAGAGGAUAGUAGGAAACGGAAACGAACUUUAGUACCCGUUGAAGAGUGUAAUUCUGAUAGUGAUGAAAUCGACAGUGAGUCUGAAGAUGAGGAAGAAGUCGUAAUAGAUGAGGAAGAGCUAUCAAGGUGGAAGAAACGGUCGAUUUUUUUCAAUCUUCCGUACUGGGAGGAAAUACCGGUAAGACAUAACUUAGAUGUGAUGCAUAUGGAGAGAAAUGUAGCCGCGAGCAUAGUUUCAACACUGCUACAUUGUCGAAAAUCAAAGGACGGCCUCAAUGCACGUAAAGAUCUUCAAGUACUUGGGAUCAGGAAGGAUUUGCACCCUAGACCACAAGGAAAGAGAACCUAUCUGCCUGCAGCACCGUGGUCGUUGUCCAAAGAAGAAAAGAAAAUAUUCUGCAGUCGGCUACAUGAAUUCAAAGGACCAGAUGGGUAUUGCUCCAACAUUUCGAGGUGCGUAUCUGUAGAUAACCCUAACAUCAUGGGAAUGAAGUCUCAUGACUAUCACGUCUUGAUGCAACAACUUCUGCCAGUUGCAUUACGAGAUAGAGAGCAGAUUGCAGUAAUGGAGAUUGAAAUAGUGGAGACUCUUUGUAUGUUUGAGCGGUUUUUUCCACCCAGCUUCUUCGAUAUAAUGGUGCAUUUGUGUCUCCAUCUAGGAAGAGAAGCCAGACUGGGUGGACCAGUCCACUUCAGAUGGAUGUAUCCAUUUGAGAGGCACAUGAAAAUAUUGAAGGAUUACGUAAGAAAUCCUGCAAGACCAGAGGGCUGCAUAGCUGAGUCUUACCUAUCGAAGGAAUGUAUGCAGUUCUGCAAUCUGUUUUUGAAGAAAACCACCAGUGUGGAGGACAAAACUGAACGUAAUGUUGAGUACGAAAGUAGAACCAUACUUGAAGGUCGGCCAAUAUCCGCAGCUAAGACUAUUACUCUCACUAGACAAGAAAAUAGCCCAUUUGGCUGUCCUUCAAAAUACUGCAUUGUCGAACCAUAUGUUGAGUAA